CCGUCCCACCCAUGCCCAUCUCAAGCCUCAACGGACGGUCACUUUCCAGGCCAAGGUGCGAGGUGGGAAAAUCGUGGCGGAAGCAUCAUCGUACGUUAAAACUUGGCACUUGGCCUUUUUCAUCUCCACUCAUUCUCCACUCUUCUCUUCCCCAGUAAUUAUACAUCAGAAGAAUAAUUAUGGCGAUCAUAAUGCCACAUGAAUAAUAAUUAUUUCUGCACAACAGAGUGGAAGCUUAACCACCACUCAGCGCUUUCGACUGGAUUGUUGAGAAGAAGCAGCAUCGAGACGUUGGGAGGAAGCAUCAAACGUCGCCGCCUCCCGAAUUUAUGGAAAUGUCGACUUCUGUCUGCUGCAUUUGUCCUUCUUCUUCUUCUUAUCCAUGCUCGAAGCUGCCGCUGCGCCGUUCAUGGAUGCUCGCUGGAAGCAAUGGGGGACGGCGGGCUCAACUUCUUAAUCCUCUCUCUACCCUAUGCAUCACCAAUGGCUACGCAAACAGUGCCACCAGCUCCAGCAGUAGCAGCAGUUCUCGAUUCAGCGCCAGAACCACCAGCCCCAGCAGUGGGAAGAAGCUAUUCAGGAGAAUGGAUUCUUGCUUGGUGAUUCCUCCACAGACUGAAGGCAAACCGCCGCGCGCAAUUAUCAAAUUCUUGGGCGGUGCGUUCGUCGGAGCAGUUCCGGAGGUCACUUACGGCUAUCUGAUGGAGCAAUUGGCCAAGGAAGGGUUUCUUGUUAUCUCCGUGCCCUACAAUGUCACCUUCGAUCACUCUUCAGCUGCUAACCAAGUCUAUGAAAGGUUCAAUUCUUGCCUGGACUCGUUACUGCAAAAUGGACUGCCUGAUUCCGACCUCACUCCUGCAAACCUCGCCGGCCUUCCACUUUUCUCUGUUGGGCAUAGUAAUGGGGCACUUCUCCAAGGGCUUGUAGGAAGUUAUUUCGCAGAGAGGAUUCCUAAGGCUAAUGUCAUUGUCUCAUUCAACAACAGGCCUGCUACAGAGGCUGUACCAUACUUUGAGCAGUUUGGGCCUCUUGUCAACCAGAUGAUGCCAGUUAUGGAAGCAUCGCCUGUAUAUUCUAUGGCUAGGACUGCCUCAGGAGAUGCUUGGAAGUCUCUACUUGAUAUGGCUGAAGCUAUAGUGCCAGAAAAUAGUCAGGAAGCCCUCGGUGCAUUCACAAAGUUCGUUGAUCAGUUGCCUUCGGUGAUGAAUCAGGUUACUGAAGGGAUAUCCGAAUUCAAGCCAACACCUGCCGAAAAUCGUGAUUGUUUCAAGAACUUGUACAAUGUCCCGCACACAUUACUGGUGAAGUUCGAUUCAGACACAAUUGAUGAGUCGGAUCUCCUUGAGGAAGCGCUGAAGCCUCGGAUUGAGUCCAUGGGUGGGACAAUAGAAAAGAUUCAGUUAAGUGGCACCCAUCUCACUCCAUGCAUCCAGGAACCAAGAUGGGAAGUCGGUGAUGUGUAUACUCCUGCAGACGCCAUUGCUCAAGGACUUAAAAGUCUUUCACUGGGUGAUACCCGAGGCCUGGCUAUAACCAUCAGUAACUGGCUUGCAAGGUUUGAAGACUAGAUGAAGUUGCUCGUCAGAAAUGGCCUGCUAAAGCUCUCUACUUAAGGUCGGAUUUCUCGGUGACUGACAACUGCUCCGCAGUGUGAUUGAACAAGCAGAAAGAACAAGUUUACAUAUGCUGCUGCAACCAUGGGAUUCGAACUAUGCCUUCCCGGUUACAUGUUGGAAGGAUUCUAUUCACAAAACUCACUGCCCUGCUCUUCAUUUGAUGUUUAUAUUUCCUGAUGUGAGUGGAUAAUGGAUUAUAGUAUUAGUGGUGGCCAUAUAUAACUUGUUACCUGACAUUUAGAUGGAAGAUAGUCUAGAAAGUCUUCAGAAUUCAAAUUAGCAAGCUGGACAGUGAAAAUACAACGUACAAUGUCCAUCUUUAUUGAAUUCCAUACGUAUUGUUCUCUUUUUGGUCAAGUACAGGCUAACUUCAGUCAUGGCCUCAUGGGUACAUAGUUUGGUCUUUGAAUGCUGAAACACAAAACCUUAUGAUACUGCUGCCUUACAGCUUGAGACAAAA